CUUCUCUCCCUGCUCUGUCGUGUGACUUCGCCCCCGUACAAUCCCGAUUUCACGUGACCUUCCUCGUAGAAGAGAAACCGGUCGUUCUCUUUCUGCAAGAUUGUCCCCUCCUUCACAGGCUUCUAAGGAGUGGAUUGAUUCCUCCCACAGGUCGCCUGAGAGCUGUGUGAUUGGCUGAGCGGCGAGAGCGAAGCGCUGCGAUUGGCUGGCGUGCUGCCCCUGGCGUCGGGCAGACUGAACUCUGUUUGCAGUGGUCCCAAGCUCGGGAGUGGCGGAACCGGAGGGAGGCGAGAAUGCAGCGGAGCGGAGCGUCGAGGGCAGCAGCCGUAGCAGCGCUGGCGGUUGAGGUGCUGGUGUCGCUGGCCUGCCCGGCGAGCGCGCUGGAGAACGGGCUGGCGCGGACGCCGCCCAUGGGCUGGCUGCACUGGGAGCGCUUCCUCUGCGAGACCGAUUGCGUCCGAUAUCCCCGCCGGUGCAUCAGCGAGCAGCUGUUCAUGGAGAUGGCAGAUACGAUGGUGUCCGAUGGAUGGAGGGAUGCUGGGUACCAGUAUCUGUGUAUCGACGACUGCUGGAUGGCUCCAACACGCGACAAGCAGGGCAGGCUCCAGCCGGAUCCAAAGCGUUUUCCUAGCGGGAUUGGCAAACUAGCAGACUAUGUCCACUCCAAAGGACUGAAGUUUGGCAUUUACGCAGAUGUUGGGAAUAAAACAUGUGCCGGUUUUCCUGGAAGUUACGGCUACUACAAUCUGGAUGCAGAGACCUUUGCUGCCUGGGGGGUGGACCUGCUGAAGUUUGAUGGCUGUCACUUUGGGACACUGGAGCUGCUGGCAGAAGGUUAUAAGAACAUGUCUCAUGCUUUGAAUAAAACCGGCAGAAGCAUGGUGUACUCAUGCGAGUGGCCGCUGUAUGAGCGAUACCUGCAGAAGCCCAACUACACAGAGAUCAAACACUACUGCAAUUACUGGAGGAAUUAUGCUGACAUCUACGAUGCCUGGAACAGCAUCAAGAAUGUCUUGGAUUGGACCUUUUAUAACCAGGACAGUAUCGUGGACAUAGCUGGGCCAGGGGGCUGGAAUGACCCGGACAUGCUGGUAAUCGGAAACUUUGGACUGAGCUGGGAUCAGCAAGUAACACAGAUGGCACUCUGGGCCAUCAUGGCUGCUCCACUCCUCAUGUCCAAUGACCUACGCCGGAUUAGCCCACAGGCCAAGGCUCUGCUACAAAACAAGGAAGUGAUAGCCAUCAACCAGGAUCCGCUGGGCAAGCAAGGAUAUCGAAUUACCCAGGAUGACAGCUUUGAAUUGUGGGAGCGGCCUCUCUCUGGCGGAGCCUUUGCCAUAGCUGUGCUGAACCGGAAGGAGAUGGGUGGGCCGCAGACUUUUACCUUCUCUACCGCCUUCCUUGGGAACGGCUUAGCUUGUAACCCUGCCUGCUCCAUUAAGCAGAUCCUACCCAUUAGCAGGGAUUUGGGGCUAAAAAACUGGCUUUCAUUUUUGAAGGUGGUGGUGAACCCAACUGGCACUGUGCUGCUGAAGACUGUAGUGAUUGAGGAGAAGUUGGUUAUACGUUACGGAAACAACCACUCUCCAGAAUUCUUAUAACACAACGGGCUCUUUUCCUUCAUUCCUUCCCCUAAGAAGAUCUACUCAACAGGCAGCCGUUAACCUUCCUAAACGUCUGGGAAGGGUUGCUGCAACAUCUCCUUAGCUCAGUGAAUAUUAAUUGCCAAGAAAUGUGCAGAAAUGGCCUUUUGCUAAUCCUGCGCCGAUUUCUAAAUUUUCUCUGAAGUGUAACAACCUACACUUCUGGAGAAAUAGCUAGUGAUUGAUGCCUUACUGGUGGUAGCCAAACACAGUAUCAUCACUAUAUUUUCUUCUUCUACCUCUUGGGGGUACUGUGCAAGAUGAAUGUCAUAUUUUAAGAAAAACGCAGUGACUAUCAGCCAAUGUCUCCUCCGAGCAGCAAUGUGCACCAGUUUUUUCUAUUGCCAAAAUUGUGGUGAAUGUAUUGACAUUUUUGCCACAUGACAAAAAAAAUUAACUGUGUUUUGAGGGUGGAAAAAUACACAAUUGUUUUGAAUUGAAUUAGUGAAAAAUCUGAUGUAUCUUUUCAUUUAGUAGGGCAUGCAAAUCCAUCUCCAAACUUUUGUGCAAUAUCUGUGUCUGUAUUUUGACUUCACCAUUUUUACCACAGAAAAAGUUGGUUCAGAGCCACAGUGAGCCAAAAAUUGAAGAGAUUUGGAAUAACUGUAUUUAGAACCACAAACUCGUUUUGAUUUAAAUAUGAGUCCACAUUGUAACAACUGAAUCAUCUUUCAAAUGAGUCAGAAAAGCUUAAAACCCAAAGAUGAAUCUGUGAUUGUUAAGGGCAAAGUGUGGACACUUUUUUGAACUGGUGCAUGUUUAAAAUAAUUGUAUUUUAAAAUAUUUGUUUAAAGUAAAGCACAAUUUGCCACAA